CAAAUUAAAUAUGUUGAUGCAAUUAUUAACACGUAAUUAGUUAUUAAAGCAUUUUUUUGCCCACGUUGCUAUGCCCGUGUAAAUUAUUCAUCGUUAGAACGGCUACAUGCCUCACUGUGCGUUACAAAUGAUUUCUGCGUCAAUUUUUUUUAUACUGGUAAUUCCAUACGCGGGAUGCGAUCCGGUGUUGCCAACGCGAGAGGAACAAGUCAACCUCCUCACGCAGGUCUAUCAACUGCUCGAGCAACUUGGCAACAACUCCCAUAAGGAGGCCGAGCUCAUCGAUAGGUCCGUAAAAAUGGACAUGGAAAAAUACAGUAGAACUUCUCGGGUUUUAAUAAGCGUUUCCCAAGAGUUGGCUCUGCUAAAACUGACUUCCAAGGCCAACUCCGUAUGCUCCAUAGAUGCCAAAGGCAAGAUCGAAGACGUGUCUUACGACGCUUUUAUCUCACUUAGUCAAUGCACCGAAAGGGAUUUAAGCGAUUUAACCGAAAACAGCAUAAACGUGACCGCGGUCAUUCAAUCGGCCAUAAAAUCGGGCAAAAGUCUCCUGGAAAAACUGGAACAGUGCAGCGAGAAACGCGGUCUGGGUGUGAUCGCUUGCUACAAGAAAAUCAUCCAGUUUGACGUCGUACCUGUCAAGGAACACCUGUCAAAGGCCAUCGAGGACCAUGCCCAAGGACAACUGACAACCUUUGGUAUUAACGAGCGGUUUUAUUCGUGUGUGGAUAAGGUUAUGGACAGUUUUCGGGAUAAACUGGAUGCCAACAUGGAUGCUGGAAUGAAUUGUAAUUGAAUAAUAGACGUUUUAAUUAUU